UAUUAAAAUUAUUUAUUAUUAUGAACUGUAUGAAAAUUUUAUUUGAAUAUUUUAGUCAUAAAUUUAUUUAUUUAAGAGAGGAAAAUGAAGUAAUUUAUAUAUUGUGUACAAUUCUACUAAUAUUUAUUUUAAAAAGUGUGUUCAUAAGGCAGUGAUAAAAUGUAUAACUGCUAAAGUUUCUCUAUUUAUUUAUUUAUUUUAUAGUAAUUGAAGUUUUGUUCGCAAAUAUGUUCUCUAAGCCAGUAAUGUUACGCCAUAAGAACCUCUGUAUACAUUUUGUAAUUGCCUAAACUCGUCACCAAUCAUAUUUUUAGUUUAAUAAUAAUGAUAGGAUAAACCUGUUCGAUCCUACGCCACGAAAACCUUAAUGCGAGCAAAUUAAACGUCUACUCGUUUGUUUUAUUCUAACGUUUACUAAUAUAACAUUUCACCGAAAACUUUGUAAUUAACUUUCUUAACAAAAUGCGUGAAAGCUACAGUGUAACUCGGUAUAAACAGGUCUUUUUGCGUUAGAUAAACACCAAUAUUGUUACAACAAUAUCUAAUGAACUGAACAUUCGCUUUAGUAUUUUAUAACUACACUUUAACUCUAACAAUCUACUUCUUACGACAUAAAAAUAAGAUAUGUAAAGAUCGAUUCACCGGAGACGUGCGUCUGAACCAAAAGUGUAUUUAACAUUCAGUAUCGCAUCAGUGCGCUUUUAGCUCUGAAACGUAAUUUUCUACCCUUCGUGGUUCUGUUUUUUUCUGAAUAACGCGUUAUUACACGACAUGCGUCCACUCUAAUUUUCCUCUAAUGCUUAGCCCUCCGUAAAUAUUAACGAUGUUACAUUAAAAAUUAUAAUGCCAUCGUAUGGCGUACGAUAUCAAAAGUAACAGAGAAAAAAAUGAAGAUAUGAUUUUAUCAUGUACUAUUGUGUGAUAGGGUUAUUAACAACGAUGUAAUAAAUAAACUGUUGCAUCACAAUCCUCGAUGUACAAUACCGAGCAUGGUAGUCUUCCUCAAGGAAAAUUGCAAUCCCUCUACCCCGUGGAUUUCCAUGAGUUCCCGGGUAUCUGGCCAUCCUUAGGUUCUAGGGUGCUGGGGUUUCUGGCCCUUACAAUAGGCUUCCUCUUCCGUGGACUCUGGAAGUGCAGCGAAACGUCACGGCUGAUGGGACAAAGCUAUCAACCAUUCAACCUAGAGCGAAGUGACACUUCCUCAGUUCUACAGCGACCGCCGACGGGAGCGGAUGUACCAGUUAAACAAAGACACCUCCAGCCUCCCUGGGGAGGGGCUGGAGGUAGUGUGGAAUUUUUACCCACUAAAACCACCACGGUAGACUGCACUGAGGCUAUAGGGAGGGUCCUUGGACCUCUUACGAACACGCCUGGACCCCCUAUCUCGAGGGUGAGUAUGACCUUUGACCCACCCCCAUGUGCCAAGCUCCGCCGACAUCGGGAGCCAUACCCGAUGCCGGCACUUCUCGGGCCGCGUAUAGUGGAAGCUAGGGCCCUUCGACCCAGCUUCAUGCACUAUAUCCCUGCAUCCGUUGCAUCUCUGUAUUCCUUACACCCCUGCAUCCCUUACAUCCCUACAUCUCUUACAUCUCUGUCCCUUAUAUCCCUGAAUUAUUUCUAUCCCAGCAUCCCUCACAUCCCUGCAUUGAGCCCUCUAGUGAUCAAAAUCGGAACUAAAUUGGCACAUAAUCGAUAG